AUGUUUUCAAUAAAAAAAUUUUUAAUUCUUGUUACAUUAUCUAUUGUCAUUUUAUUGGCAAAAUGUAAUACGAUAGAUGAUGUUGAGAGUGCAAUAGAAAAUUCUGUAGAAAAUUUUGCUGGAGAAAUUGAAAAUGUCAUUGAUUCCUAUCUUACUGAGAGAGAUUUUACUGAUAAUUGUCGAGAGAUAGCUAAUGUUGGUGGUGAUAAUCAAUGUCAAAUUUUUAAUAUGUGUUGUUCACCAACAAUGAUGUUAAAUCCCAAUUUUGGUGAUAUGUGCCAGGAGGCUGAUCAAUCAAAUGGAUGUAGAGUUACUGAACAGGGAAUAUUUAUGCAAUGUAAAGCAAGGAAAUGUAAUAAAAUGAAACCAACAACAACCACAACAGAAGCCCCAUAUUCAGAGGAGGAAGAAUCAUCUAAUAGUAGUUCAAUUAUUUCAUUAGGAUCAGGUAUUAUUUUUACUUUACUAUGCCGUUUUGCUUUUCUUUCAUAA